AUGCGCUUCGAACCGACGUCGUUCGAAAUCGAUGAUGGCGAUGGCAGUGAUGACGAGUCUACCACCAAGCCAUGGCUCGUGGGGGUACCUGUCCAGAAGGCUAUGCCUGGCGACCAAGUGAUGCAAUGCGCUGGGAUCGUCAAGGACGGAUCGCGAUGCACCCGAACGUACACACAAACGACCAGCGCAACGGUGUCAUUUUGCUUCAAACACCGGCAUCAACAGCGGACAUCCACCCACGGGUACGCUCCGCUGGCACAGCUGGAUAUUCAAGUGCCGAAGCAGCGUCAAUCCAACGUGGUACCAUCGUGCCGCUGCCGAGGGGCGAUGCAUUGGACAUACCAAUCGAUGUGCGCAAUGUUCUGCUUGUUCCUAGCCAUUGGGCUUCUGUUUACGAGCCUUGUUUUGGAAAUACCACACAUUGGCCUCGCCAGCGCGUUCUUCUUUUGCAUCCCCAUGGUGCUCUUAGCCAACUGCUCGAGUCGUUACGAAAGGCUGAGCCGCGGAAAAGCGGCAGACAGACCGACAAGCAUGGCCGAGUUCUAUGCAUGUUGGGUCAACCGAAGUAAGACCCUUGAGCUCCUGGACGUGUCUCUUCGAGACUGCACUGCCAAUGCAAACAAAGAACUUCUCGCUGCCAUUUGCAUCCAGCGGAUAUAUCGAGGACAGCGCGUGCGAGCCGAUAUUUCUCGAUGCAGAGAAGCCGAAAUUGUCGUGGCCCGCGUUUUUCGAGGGCAUUUAGGCCGACACACAGCGUCGCAGGAACGCCGGCGCCAGAUCCAUCUCGAAGCGCAGGCACGACUCCACCACGUGGCGCGAGUGAUUCAGACGAGAUACCGCGGGUGGGCCAGUCGAAAGUACAAACUCAACUUUGCCACACGAAAGCUCUACCUCAAGGACCUGGAAGCCAAGGGCCACGCACUGCGUGAUACAUUGCGACAGCGUUUGGAUGCCCAACGCGCGGCAGAGGCUGCGCGAGUGGACGCAGAGUCCCGAGACGAGCUGGUUCGAAUCACACAACACUUGCAUCACUUGGUGGGCACGGCCGUGACGCCUGGUAUAUUUAGCUCGCCGUUCCUGCAAUCCAAGCCUACGGCGUUUGGAGUGCCCGUGGAAACCCACAUUCGGACAAACACGCUGAAUUACCUUGCGACUGUUCCCAAGAAACUCCUGCCCAAGUCACAGCUCAAGCCGAAGCCGCCGGCAGUGCGGACGUCGCUGCAAGCCACGUCAGUGUACCAAGUGGACAAGGUGUACGACGACCGCGAAAAGAGAUAUCAAAAGGCCAGCCAGAUCACAGAAGAGAACUUUGUCACGGUCGUGCAUCCGGCGUCUACAUAUGCCUACGACAAGAGCGUGAACAACGGCAUCGAGUACUUGGACCCUCGCAAACACCCGUUCUGCCAGCGAAGUGCCAACAAGUCGCCAGUCAAGUCUAGGGAGAGUAUUGUUUUGCCGCCGGCGACAAGGCCGUCGUCCCAAGCCCUGCCCCACGUGAAGAAGAAGAAACCCCACAGCAAGAGGACAGUCGUAGAAUAGAUCAAUAGUAUUAACCAUCACCAUUCCCGUG